UCUUUGGUAUUUUGAGAUCAUUCUUGACAGUAUUUGUCAAAUAAACAAUUUCAAAACUGAAAACGUUACGCGCCUUGGUGAAGUUUUACUUGGGUGUUGUUGUGAUUCGAUAUUUUUAAUAAGCAAUGUUAAUUUGCAAAUAGUGGUAAUCUUAAAGAGUGAUAAAAUGAGCCACUUUGAUUUUGCUAUACCGUUGCAGAAAGAUGAGCUACUAGAAUCUCACGCGGGACAAUAUCAUGUUGAAGAUGUUGUUCAAGCGCGCGUACUAUUAUCCAAAUUACAAGACGCGGCACGAGCUUUUAAUUCCAGCGGAGUGGAAUACAUACUGGAACACUUUGAUACUUACUUUUCCAUCAUCGUACACGGUAAUAAACUAGAAUGGAACGUCAUAAACAAAGGAUUCGAUCAUAUCGUAAGGGCGGCAAAAAGUCUAUGCAACCACCUGGAACAAGUCUUACAAGAAAAAGAAAUAGAUUCUGAAGUACGAGUAAAGAACUUGAACAUUUUGAAAAUGAUGAUGUAUUUGUUUACUCAAAUUAUAAAAACCAAAGAUACCAAAUUGGCUGCAGAUAAUUCCACUAAGCUGACAUUGGGUAAGAAGGGCAAGAAGGCAGUAGAUGAUGAGGAGUUUUGUGGAUGGACAGAAGCAGACAAGCAGGCCUCUCUCAUCACCCUGCACUUGGUACUGCAGCAGCCACUGUCCAGGCUGUGGGACCCUCCCUUAGCUGAGGACAACUUUGUUUCGAUGGUAGCUGACCCCUGUUACAAGGCUCUGGAGGAACAAAUAAUCAAGACUAAAUCUAUAAGAGAGACUGUGUUUCAAGUGCUUGGUGUUCUCAUUAAGAAAUACAACCAUGGGACCUCAUGUCUCAUCAAACUUGUGCAGAUUUUGCAAAUGAUGGAACAUUCGGUGUCACCCAUAUGUGCUGGAGUUGUACAGUUGACUAAAGACUUUGGAUUGGGAACUUUUGGACCUCAAAUGGUCCGAGAAAUAGCUGAGGCUUUAGCUUCAUCAGAUGAAGAUAAUGCUGGCACUGAGCAGGGUGCUGCAAGGAACUGUGGAGCAUUUCUGUUAGAGCUCACCAAAGAACUGCCUAAGGAGAUGACCAAUGCUAUAGCUACCAUACAGCCUUACCUGGAAAGUGAUGAGUCGUACACGCUCCGCAUCAGCGUGCUGGGCAUGAUGUGCGAGGUCCUGAUCGUGGAGCUGAGCGGCGAGGGCCUGACGGACGAGCAGCGCGCGCAGCGGGACGACUUCCUCGACGACCUGUACGAACACAUGCACGACUUGUCUGCCUAUGUUAGGCAUAAGGUGCUACAGUUCUGGUGCCGCCUCCAGCGCGAGAACUGUGUCCCGGUGACCCGCCAGCGCACGGUGCUGGAGCGAGCCAUCGGCCGCCUGAAGGACAAAGCCGCGCUCGUCCGUAAGGCGGCUAUACAACUGUUAAAGAUAUUUUUGGAAUGCAACCCAUUUUCCGCGCAACUGAAACUGGAAAUACUCGAAGACCAAUUGAAAACUGAACUAGAAAUAUUAGAGAAUCUUCAAAAGAAACUAAAUCCUGGCCCAGAUCCUGAGCUAGUGAAGAAAUGGGAGAAAAUAGAGGAUGAAGUAACUAAUGCAAUCAAAAGUGGUAUGGAUAUCAUGACGCAGGAUGAGCCGGAACUAUCCCAAGCGUCGUUAGAAAACCUUUAUGAGUCGAUACGCAAACAUUUACGGGAGAAGAACUAUUAUAAAGCGUACUUACUCGUUAAACACACUGAGAGGCAAUACCCAGAAGCAAAGCUAUUGAGAUGUGACAUGGAGAAAAGUGAUCAGAUUAAUUACUUCGUGGCGCUACUUCGUAAUAUGUACGUCAUACCUGAUAGAAGACAGUCAAUAUCUUUAACUCAGCAAUGUGAGACAGAGCUAGCGCUAUACAAACGCCUCGAAGAGAAAGAGAGCAUAGUAGCCUUCCUGCAAGAAUCCGUUCACUUUAGUCGCAUGGUGUCCGAGGCAGUGCCGCUGAUAAACUCGUUACUGAUGUCGAAACAGGCCGGUGACGUCAGCGAAGCAAUCGACUUCUUUACGGCGGCGCACCACUUUAAUAUCGAGUCUGCUAAAGUGGGCGUAGCUAAUAUGCUGCUUCUAGUUUGGUCGCCGGAUCAGGAUAAGCGGGAAGCUGUAGAGCGUGCAUACCGCGAAAUGUACCUGGACUGCGACAAUAAGGCAGAACGGGCGCGAUCCUUUGCCAUCGCCAAAAAUCUGGUGGCGUUGAUGACGCACAUCGACCGCGGCAGCGCGCUGGCGCUCGAGCAUCUCGUCAGUAAGUGGGUCGAGAAAGGAGAUAUCAGUACUGCUAUUAUACAGGUUUUCUGGGAAAUGUUCUUGAAGAAAAUUGAUGGAACAACCGAUAUGGAUAGUUACGCCGCUUUAUCACUUCUUGUAAUGGUUGCUAAGGCAAAGCCUUCCGUAGCAGUAGCCAAUCUCGAUGUCAUACUCAGUCACGGGUUAACAGCUGAUUACAAUUCGAGGAAUUUAAGUGUUCAGCUUCUGAUACCUAUGACUAAGAAAACACAAAGAUAUCCCGCUGAGCAUACAAUAUUCACGUCUUUAUUCGACAGCCUUAUAGAAACUUUUUCAAAGUUCGACAAAUUCAUGUCUUUCGCUGCUAAUUCUAUAGACCUGAUUUACGCUAUAUGCGAUACUCCAGAAAUUAUUUGUGGAAAAAUUCUGGCGGAGAUGUAUAGACGAGUGGAAGAGAAGAUGAUGAAAGACAGUGACAAUCAGGAUGAGAUCAGCCUGCCUAUGGAACUGUUGACUCGCUUCGUCUUCGUGCUGGGUCAAGUGGCUCUACAGCAGCUCAUAUACCUCGACAUAUUUGUGUACAGUGAACUCAGAAGACGAAAUCAGGUACGCGAAGAACGUAAAGUAGAAGAAAAACGGAAAAAGAAAGCGGGUGCGUUUGCGACGCCCGGGAGGCGCGGACGCGUCGAUGACUUGCGGCGCCAGACGCUCAUGAACCUCAGCAACGCCAGCGCCUCCUCGCGGCAACAACGUUCCGCUAGCGUCACCUCCAAUAAAGGACCCUCGGUGAACACGACGAUGACGGAGGAAGAGACAGGUCUGGAGGGCGCGGUGGCGGACGACGCGGACGCGGAGUACGUGCGCGGCGUGUGCGAGCGCGACAUCGUGGGCGCGGGCGCGGCGCUGGCGCGCUACCUGCCGCUGCUGCGCUACCUGCUCGCCAACCCCGCGCGCGCCUCGCACGCUCUGCAGGCCGCGGCCGCGCUUACCUUCACCAGGUAUAUGUUGGUAUCGAACGCGGUAUGCGAAGAAGGACUACAGCUGAUGGUUACAGUACUGAAAAAAUCUAAAAAUGUAUCACUCAGAACCAACUUAACCAUUGCUUUUGCAGACCUUACUUUGAGGUUCCCGAAUCUCACACAACCGUGGACUCAUCACAUUUAUCACAUACUAAGUGACGAAGAGUUAGAAAUUCGUCAAUGCGCAGUUAAAAUGCUAUCGUUCUUGGUACUCCACGAGAUGGUGCGAGUCAAAGGUCAAAUAGCCGACAUGGCGUUGUGCUGCGCUGACAAGGACGCGCGGGUUGCGUCCAUGACGCGCUUGUUCUUCAAACAGCUAUCGCAGAAAGGCAACGCCCUGUAUAACGUGAUGCCCGAUAUCAUAUCGAGGCUCAGCGACCCCGAGCUUAAUGUACCUGAAGAUCAGUACAGAGUCAUUAUGAAGUACAUAACAUCGCUCAUACAAAAAGACCGUCAGAUGGAAGCCCUUGUAGAGAAGUUAUGCCAAAGAUUCAAACUUUCUACAGAAGAACGUCAAUGGCGGGACAUAGCGUACUGUUUGUCCCUAUUCACGUACAACGAGCGGUCACUGCGGAAACUGAUUGAGAACCUUGAUUGUUAUAAAGAUAAAUUGCAUUGUUCUGGAGUUAUGGAUUCAUUUAACACCCUGAUGAAUAACACGUCGAAAAUGGCUAAGAACGAAAUUAAGGCUCUAGUGACUGAGUUAGGUGAUAAGAUAGAAGAAUGUUUCGCUGUUCGCGAUGGUGAGGAUGGCAACACGGAGGAAGGCAGCGAGUGCGGCGGCGUCAGUGAAGGCGAGCCGCGGAGGACUGAACCUGUGAAAGCCACGCCGAAACGCAAGCCCGCGCCCCGACGCAACCGCAGGCGAUCCUCUUCUAGCCCAGACGAGAAUGAACCACCGAAUAACGAGAGGUCUCCCCCAACUGUCAGAAAAUCGAGUCGUAAAGCUGCGACGAGAAAGAACAAAGCAGUCGUUUCUGAUGAAUCGGAUGAAGACUUUCAACAAAAAGAUGAUGAAGAGGUCUUUAAAAAACCUUCAGUUAAGAAAACAACUCGAAGGAGAAAAUGAAAAUAUGUAUUUACAAGAGCGAACAUGUUUUUGUUGCUGAUAGAGAUAACAAUUAUUUUCAUAAAUAUUUUUAAGUAUAUUUAUUUGGUUUUAUUUGUCUGCUCUACCUAUCGUCUAAACUAUCGGCUGCAACUCGACUCAGUGUCGUCUUGAUGCCAGUUACCUUAGUUCGAAAUGCACAAUUUUUUGAGAAAAAUAUAGCUGAAUAUUAAAAAAUCGAUAAAACGUAAAAGUUAACCUGAAAAUGUUGUGCCAAGCAUGAAGCGGGAAGAUUUCAGUUUUGAAUUUCUUGGAAGCUCUGUACAACUUAUUUUACGCUACUCUGUGGCCGCGCUGACGGCACAUCUGUUUCUAUCUGACAGUUACCGCAGCUGCUUUUGACAUUCUGUUUGUUGCCAAGAUAAUGACAACGACGUCGGAAGCCGGUUUUGAAAUAAGGAAAAACUUAUGUACAGUUGUUAUUAUUCUUUUAAGUAUUUUAAUGAUUCGUUCAAGCUUAGCUACGAUGACUCUUCAUUUCAAAUGUCGUGGGGGACUUUACCCUCGAUCUAAUAUUGAAAGAUAUGGUGUUCCUGAUGAUAAGGUUAGCUGGUCUUCAGAAUACGAAGACUAUAAACCUCCAAAUCAUACCGCAUCAUCCGUACACGGAAAACCGUGGGCAGAUUCGAAUAUUGGAGAGCCUGGCUUCAAGCCGCUUUGGAACAGUGUCGAUGGAAAAGUUAACAGAGUUAGUUAUAUGGGUAAAUAUGCUAUCCAGAAUGGGUUCCCCUUGAAUCCUAUUGGUAGAACUGGCAUAUCAGGUAGAGGUGUACUUGGCAGGUGGGGUCCAAAUCACGCUGCCGACCCCGUUGUUACCCGCUGGAAAAGACUCGAAAGUGGAGAAAUUGAAAAUGAUGGGUCUAGCAAGCCUAUUCUACAAUUUGUCGCGAUAAAAAGACGAGACACUGGAGAAUGGGCACUGCCGGGAGGCAUGGUAGAUCCUGGAGAGAAAAUGAGUGCCACAGCUGUAAGAGAGUUUCAGGAGGAAGCUACUAACUCUUUGCUAAUGGAUGAAG